GCAUCCCUCCCUCGCAGCUUGCCACGUCCUCCCGUCCCCAACCUCUCUCGGUAGCUGCUCUCUCUCUCUCUCUCUCUCUCGUUCCUUCCUUCCUUCCUUUACUCUCGGUCGUCCUUUCCAUGAGAGCCACACUGAGCGAUCCCCCGAGUCCCCCUCCCCCCUCCUUUCUCUCCUUGGACUCUCCGUACCUUCUUUCUUCUCCGACACAAAUCUGGCUCAAGUCCCCCCAACCCAAUGUCUAAAAUUUAGUCUCAAUCUCUGUUUUUCUUUUUGGCCCCCGUUUUUUGUUUUAAGAAGGGAAAAGUAAAAAGAAAUAAAAAUGAGAAGGAGGCCGCCGGGGAUGAGACUGGCCCGAAGCCUGGGGGCGAAGGAGUGGAGCCGCAACUCCCACCGUUGCCUCGUCCUCGUCCUCACCUUCGUCGCCUACGCCUGCUACCACGCCUCCCGCAAGCCCACCAGCAUCGUCAAAUCCGUCCUCGACCCCGACUCCCACUCCGCUCGCGAUUACGCUCUCUCGGCCUCAUCCUCCUUCCCUCUCCCUUGGCCUUUCGGCCCCCUCUUCCUCCCUUCCAACCCCCUCGGGAGGCCCCACUCCCACGGGUGGGCCCCGUUCGAUGGCACCGACGGCACCGCCAAGCUCGGCGAGAUCGACGUCGCCUUCCUCGCCUGCUACUCCAUCGGGAUGUACGCCGCCGGCCAUCUCGGCGACCGCCUCGACCUCCGCCUCUUCCUCGCCGCCGGCAUGAUCGGCAGCGGCGCCUUCGUCGGCCUAUUCGGCAUGGGCUACUUCUGGCACCUCCACGUUUUCGGCUUCUACCUCGCCAUGCAGAUGCUCGCCGGCCUCCUCCAGGCCACCGGCUGGCCCUCCGUCGUCGCCGUCGUCGGCAACUGGUUCGGCGAGCGGAAGAGAGGACUUAUAAUGGGAAUCUGGAAUGCCCACACCUCGGUCGGGAACAUCGGCGGCUCGCUACUCGCCGCCAGUGUGCUCCAGUACGGGUGGGGCUGGUCCUUCAUUCUUCCGGGGGCUUUGAUUGCCCUCGCUGGGGUUCUUGUGUUCCUGUUCUUGGCGGCAUACCCGGAGGAUCUUGGGUUUUCUAGCCCUCGAAAGAAGGCCCAAGGGGGAAGAGAUGAGGAGGAGGGUCGAGUGCAUGAUGGAGGAAGUGAGGAGAGAGGGAGUGCUGUGGGGUUUGUGAAGGCUUGCUUGAUCCCCGGAGUGAUACCAUUCGCACUCUGCCUCUUCUUCGCGAAGCUCGUGGCCUAUACGUUCUUGUACUGGCUGCCAUUUUACCUUAGCCAGACUGCUAUAGGGGGUGAGUACAUGUCAGUUAAGUCUGCAGGAAACCUUUCAACUCUUUUUGAUGUGGGCGGAAUCAUCGGUGGGAUCCUUGCCGGCUUCAUAUCUGACCAACUCAAAGCUAGGGCCACUACAGCAGCCAGCUUCAUGUAUUUGGCUAUUCCUUCCGUUUAUGCCUAUCACAGAUAUGGAAGCAUUUCAAAGUUUGUGAACAUUGCACUGAUGAUGAUUACUGGCUUAUUUGUUAAUGGGCCUUAUGCUCUCAUAACAACUGCUGUUUCUGCGGACCUUGGAACCCAUUGCUCACUUAAGGGAGAUUCUCGAGCAUUGGCAACUGUUACUGCCAUCAUAGAUGGGACAGGAUCAGUUGGUGCAGCUCUAGGGCCACUUCUAACCGGAUUUCUAUCAAGUAGUGGAUGGGGUUCUGUUUUCAAGAUGCUCAUGUUCGGGGCAUUCAUUGCUGGUGCUCUUUUGUCCAUUCUAGUUAAAGCAGAAAUUGCGCGGUUGGUCCAGUAUUGGAGAAACACCAGUUCUGAUCAUUCAAGACAGUAUCGAACUGAAGGUUCUGUUGUCACACCACUUCUAGAAGGGGUCACUCGACAACAAUGAUGUUCUUCCAGGCUAAUCAAUCAGAUAUAGGGUUGCCAAUGUCUAGAUAUUCAUACAAAUUGAGAGAAAAAAAAAGAUGCUGCAGAAAGCAAAACAAAGAAAAAAAGGUAUGGGAAUCAAAGGAGUACAAAUGUCAGGAGUUACAGGGUAGAUCUAUUUAUAUGAUGCUGAACUUUUUUUUUUGGGCCAGAAAAAAAAAAGAAGCCUUUUUGGUUUUAUCCCCUUUGGGGAAUACGAACUCUUUUUGUGCUAUAGUCAUGCUGUACCAUAUAUACAUAACAUGCGAAAAGUUAUUGGUGAUUUUGGUAGAUUU